AUGAGCACAUUAACCUGGGAGUCCAGCAUACAAAGAUUGAAGAAUACUCCUGCUCUUUCUGUUGGAAUUAUUAUCUUUUCUUUCUUAUUCUAUGUCCUCUACCCAACGGAUUCGAAAUCGCUUUUGUUACUCCCAAGCUCGCCGUUGGAUUUGAACUUGAAUGCGAUUUCCUUUUAUAUUUUCCCUCAUGUCAACAUUUUCCACUGGCUCAUCAAUAUCGUCACGUUGUUUCCUUUGCUUUCUCGCUAUGAACGGUUCCAUGGCACGGUCUACACUGGAGUCACUUUGAAUCUUUUGGCUGUUGUUACAGCAUUGCAAUAUUGUGUGGUUGGUUUGUUUUUGUACCCAUCGGAUGCUGUGGCAGGGCUUUCCGGAAUUUGCUUCUCGUUUUUAACUUACUUCUGUUACAAGGAACACGAGAUGAAACCGGUCAUCAUGUCUUUGAAUUUUGCUGGCCAUGAACUUCAGGUGCCAACUAUUUACUUCCCAUUCUUCAAUUUGUUCUUGAUCGCGUUAAUCAUACCGUCCACUUCCUUCUUUGGCCACUUGGCUGGUAUUGGUGCUGGCUAUUUGUUGGCAAUGGGCAAAUUGAGCGUCUUGUAUCCUCCAGCGAAAAUCAUAUUGGCCAUUGAGAAAUUUUUGGCUCCAGGCAUAGCAAAGUUACAAAAUAUUGUGCUCUAUAUCAGAGAGGAAGACGCUGCCAGCGAACGUUCUGUUACAUACCGCCCUGUACUUUCUGGUGAUUUGGAACUGAACCAUUCGACAUCUGAAACUCCAAUUGAAGGAUUUGAAAGAAGAUUGGGCACUUAG